GCAUGUGUCUAUAUAUUUGUUGCCGAUUGAAAUCAAUGUUUUUCUUUUGAUAAUUGAAAUCAAUGUUGAAAGAACGGCUAUUAGACCAGUGAUGUUGUAUAGGACGGAGUGUUGGACAAUCAAGAAAUAACAUGUAGAUAAGAUGAAUAUGCUAAGGUGGAUGUGUGGCAAGGUUAGAUAAGACAAACUUAGAAAUGAGUGAAUUCGGGAAUGGGUAGGAGUAGCACCGAUAGAAGAUAAGUUGAGAGAAUGAUUGAGAUGGUUUGGUCAUAUUCAACGGAGACCAACAGAGGCAGUAGUGAAGAGAUGCGGUGCAGUGACGGUAGAUGAAAGUGUUAGGAGACUAGAAAGGCUUAGAUUAACGUUGGUUAACGUUGUAAAUAGAGAUAUGAAUCUACUUAAUUUAACUAACGAAAUAGCCUUUGAUAGAGCCGUGUAGAGAAAAAUGAUUCAUGUAGCCGACCCCGUUUGAUGGGACUUAAGGCUUAGUUUAGUUUGGUUUGAUAAUUGAAAUCAAUGUUUAUUAUGGUGACUUCAGUUUUACAAGUGUCUUCUUGCAUUCGAGUUCUCAAUCUUUUGUCUAAAGCUGGAAACACAAGGACAUAAUUUCAUUGUCUGCUUUCCCAAACUUCCUUAAUCUUGUGGCAAAAUCAAGAGUAUGUGCUGCAUAAUAUGUUUGACAUGGCUCAUCUUGAAUAUCUAUUUAAUAAAUAAGCUGUUCAACUUAAAAGUAAUUUAGGCAUCGUCCCUCCUAUUGUUGGACAUACUUCUUUUAUGCUUGGGCGUUGGAGACUCAUGUUGUAUCUGGUACACUGUUACUUUGAAUCAUCUGACAUAGGUCUUGCAAUGAAUUUAUCUAAGAAUUGUGUGUCUCAACUGUCACACAUAUUUUAUAAACUAGGAUGAUCCGGUACGUGACAAUUAAAGGUCCAUAGAGGAGCUUAAAAACUGCGUUGUUAGUAGGUAAUUGUGGUUUCCUUGGUUGACUCUUUUUUUGUUUGUUGAUUGGCUUCCUUGGUUGACUUGUUUAAGAAAACUAGUUGGAUUUUGGUAAAGCUUGAAUGACCUCUUGUGUGAAAAAGGGUGUAUGCUUGUUUUAGGAUUUCUUUUUGUUUUCAACUUUUUUUACUGAUAAUUUGAAUAGAUGUUUGUUAAUGACUGGAGUAACAUCAUGCAUUUUUAUUUGAUGUGCUGUUUUUGCUAACAGAAUGUACACAAGUUGAUACAAGUGAAGUAUCCUAAAGAACUUUUUCUUGGGUAGAAUAGAUCUCUCUUUGUGCUAUUUUAGCACAGCAAAAAUACACUUUAUACAGAUUUGUUAUAAGUUGUUUCAAUAGUGUCUAAUUUAUUUAUUUAUUAUUUUUUUUUUUGUUGUUGCAUUAUAAUAUUUUAAUAUUACAACACUGAUGGAGAUGUUAACCCAUUCAUUGUUCUCUAACUCAAAUUGCUGGAGCAUGAUUGAAUCUCUUUUUUCUGGUGAUUAAAUAUCGCUUUUCUUGCUUGAAUUCCAUUUUCAAUUAUCCCAUUUUUCAAAUAAUUUCCAUCUCUACACUCUGUCAUGAAAAUAAAGAAAAAGAAAAAAAACUACCACUUGAAAAUGAGUAAAAUAAGAUAACUAAAAUUCUUUGAAGCAUCAACUGUAAAAGAAUAUAACAAAAAAUAAAAGAAAAGAAGACUUUCAUUUCACAAGUAGAAAGACACUUUUAUUGUAUUCAUCAUAUAUCUUCUAUUUAUUUGCAUUGUUGAUGGCAUUGAGCUACAAGAUAGGGUUCAAGUUCCUAAUCACAAACCCUCUCAACACCAAUAGAAUCUCUCUCAUAUUUGUUCUGAUUUCUGAAUGAUCUUUACAACCUUGGAUUUGUUCGGCGAGAUUGCCCAUCUUAGCAUUUCCACAAGUUUUUUCAUGGCUUCGGAAAGUGCUAGAGAGAAUUCUCUUUUGCAUUGAAGGAUUUAAAAGUUUAAAAGAAAUUGAAAAAUCUAAUUUUUUUUUUUUUAUUAUUUAUCAAAGACAUUUAUUUUCAUGAGUGUAGAACCUAAAAGUUGUACAUCCAAUUAAUAAUAAUGGACUAAAUGAAUAUAUAGCUCUAACAUAGUUGACAGUUGAGAUUAAAUAAAUUUAAUGAUUAUGAGAAGUUGUUCCACAAUCAAUUUCUCUAGUAAUUGGACAUAAUAUAAUGCCAAAACAUUACUUUUUAGUAAUAUUGGUGAGUUACUAUAAAGGCUACUGUUGUCAAAUUAUACCAGCUUUACUAAAAAAAAUUUCCCUAGCGACCUGUCAAAAAAAAUAAAAAUAAAAAACAUUAUUGAGUCAACUCAACUCACCCGAGAGGGUAUUUGGAUUGUAUGGUUUGAAUGUGAAAUAUCUUGAACAAAAAAAUGCUUCCAAUAUGCCAAAUGACAAUUGUAAACAAUAUUGUCAGAAUAUGACACUAUGACAAUUAGUAGAGUUACUCUAAUGGUGCAAAUGUCAUUUUGACACAUCUAAACUAUUAUUUACCUUUAUCAAUUGCAAGUCUUAUAUCUAGACCAUUGGAUCAAAAUCCUUUUUAAGGUAAACUUGGUAUGGAUGAUAUUGCCCAUGAGUUAAGCCCAAUGACCCAAAAUUUGGUCCUACUCUUGGACUUUUUUAUUUUUCUUUAUAUUUUUUUUGUUAUUUUCUAUUAGGCUCGUGGAGUAGACUAGUGUCAGACCGAGUUUCAACACUAGGCCCAUGUCCAACUCAAGCCUUAUUCAGGCUAGGCCAAUCUAACAGAGGUACGCGCUUAGAUAGGCCAAGCUUGAGCCGUGCAGUGAGCCUUCGGGCCAACAGUGAUGACUCUUAAAAAAAUGUCUAUAUUUAAGUACCCCAUUCAUCAACUCCAUAUACUUGGCUCAAUAUUUCUACCUAGAGAGAGGGAUAUGUAUACACAAAAGAGGGUGGGGAGUUUACUAUCUUGUGCCUUGUGUAGCAACUGGCAAGGCCUAAAUGAGGAUGCUAUUCCUGGCCAACCACUGCAUUGUACCACUGGCUAAAUUGUUUUAUUAUUAUUAUUAUUAUUGUUUUUAAUUGUGCAGCAAAAAGCUAGUUAUCAUCAUUAUUAUUUUAAGCCAAAUUUGAAAAUUUAACAGAGAGUAGGUUUCUAUUUAUUGAAUGAGAUUUAUGAUGAACAAUGAUGAUAUACUCAUUUGCCAGCUCAUGAGUUUGUUGAAAUUGUUGUCACUACAUUUUCUGUUACUUGAGAACCUGACAUUUAGGUCUUCUGUCUCUCUUUGUCUGUUCCCCCCAAGAAAAUUAGCCUAGAAGCAGCUCAACAUAGCCAAGAAAAUUAAUGUCAAAACAAAUACAAACACCCACAUUUUACCAGAAAACAUUCAUUGCUUUGUGUACCCAUUUUUCAAUUUCCUACUUGGAUAUGUUUAUGUGAUACACAUAUUCGUCUAAUACUUUCAUUCCAGUUACGAGACUUUUACUAAAGCGGGGUUUAGGAACAUUGAUUUUAAAUUUGUGCCCUAAUCAUUUGGGCAAGUCUUUAAAGAGUUUGGGAUUAUAUGUUUUCAAAGAAAGGAAAACCAAGGAAGGGAAAGGAGAGGAAGAAGAUGAGUCUUUUCUUGUGUUGCAAGGUGGACAGGAGCGGCUCGAUCACGUCUUUGAGGGAGAAGAAGAAGAAGGCUCGAAGAGGUGAUGAUCGAGAGGUACUUGGUACCUUUUUUAAAAACAUUUCAAUGCAUUCAGGCACCAUCAACCAGAGGAAGCUAGCCAAAGAGAUACUCAAACUCGAAAAUGCAAAAGUGUCUGCUGAAAUUUUCACAUUCCGGCAAUUGGCAACCGCCACCAACAACUUCAACCCGGAAUUGCUUUUGGGUGAAGGAGGUUUUGGGAGGGUGUACAAAGGCAAAAUUAGGAACACAAAUCAAACUGUGGCUGUGAAGCAACUAGACAGGAAUGGAGUUCAAGGAAAUCGAGAAUUCCUCGCAGAGGUUCUGAUGUUGAGCUUGGUUAACCACCGGAACCUUGUCAAUCUGAUCGGUUAUUGCACCGAUGGCCACCAAAGAAUUUUGGUUUAUGAAUACAUGUCCAAUGGAUCUUUGGAAGAUCACCUUCUUGAUUUGACCCCAGACAAGAAAUCACUCAAUUGGAUUACUCGAAUGAAGAUAGCCAUAGGGGCAGCUCAAGGACUCGAAUACUUACACGAUACAGCCAAACCUCCAAUCAUUUAUCGCGAUUUUAAAGCAUCCAAUAUAUUACUGGAUGAGGAAUUCAAUCCAAAGUUGUCUGAUUUCGGACUUGCCAAGUUAGGUCCAACAGGUGACAAACAACAUGUGUCUACAAGGGUCAUGGGGACUUAUGGUUACUGCGCGCCAGAGUACGUGAGGACGGGUCAGUUGACAAAAAAGUCUGAUGUGUACAGCUUUGGGGUCGUGUUUUUGGAGAUAAUAACGGGAAGGAGAACUAUUGAUAACGCGAGACCAAUAGGGGAGCAAAACUUGGUUGCUUGGGCAGAACCACUUUUUAAAGACCUAAACAAGUUCACAUUAAUGGCUGACCCAAAACUUGAAGGGAAGUAUCCUAUGAAAGGACUCUACCAAGCUAUUGCUAUUGCAUCCAUGUGUCUCCAAGAGGAAGCUAAGACCCGGCCGUUGAUCAGCGACGUUGUAACUGCCCUCGAACACUUAGCCACGUCAUCAGCAGAUGAAAUCGGAAUUUCAACAGAAACAUAAAUUUUUAUUUAUUUUUUAAUUUUUAAUUUUUUUUUUUUUCAUAUAUCAUCGGAGUGGUGUGUGUAGUUAUGGAUAUGUGUGUAACUUCGUAUAAACAGACAAGAGUUCAGUAUAGUUGGAGCUGAAAUUCUUGCUUUUU